AUCCGGACAGAGCGGGCUGAGUGAGAGGAAAGCCCCGCGCCCCUGACCGCCACUUUCAAACCCACAUCCAUGAAUCCGUGUCGGAUCUGCGCGCACUACAGCUUUCAGCCCGAGCAGCGAGCCAGGAGCUUCAGCGGGACCCCCUGAUCCGGCCCUGCCAGCUCUUAUGAACCUCAGAAGGUUCCAUCAGCUGUUCGUGGUUCUGACUGAGGAGGAACAGUGACAUGGUGAGGUGCUCCAGAAGAUGUUGAAGAAAUGAUAGCAGCACCAGAGUUCCAUCCGGAGUUUCAUUAUCCUCAGGACACAGACUCGCGCUUCUCCUCAGACACGGACUUUGAUGAUUUCGAGGGGAGAAAUGUUCCUCAGGGAAAAGGGAAGAAGGGUAAGAAGGCCCCAGGAGAGAAGGGGAAGGGAGGGAAGGGUGCUGGGCGUUUGAACGGGCAUCAUCAGGAGAAUGGCAUGGAGAACAUCAUGCUGUUUGAAGUGGUCAGGCUGGGGAAGAGUGCCAUGCAGUCUGUGGUGGACGACUGGAUCGAGUCCUACAAGCUGGAGAGAGACGCCUCGCUGAUCCACCUCAUCAACUUCUUCAUCCAGUGUUCAGGCUGUAAAGGUGCUGUGAGUGGUGAGAUGUUCCGUCACAUGCAGAACUCUGAGAUCAUCAGGAAGAUGACGGAGGAGUUUGAUGAGGACAGUGGAGAUUAUCCUCUCACCAUGGCUGGACCUCAGUGGAAGAAGUUCAGGAGCAGCUUCUGUGAGUUCAUCUCAGUACUGGUGCGCCAGUGUCAGUACAGCAUCAUCUAUGAUGAGUACAUGAUGGACACCAUCAUCUCGCUGCUCACCGGCCUGUCCGACUCUCAGGUUCGAGCCUUCAGGCACACCAGCACCCUCGCAGCGAUGAAGCUGAUGACGGCUCUGGUGAACGUGGCGCUGAAUCUCAGCAUCAACAUGGACAACACGCAGCGUCAGUACGAGGCCGAGAGGAACAAGGUGAUCGGCAAGAGGGCCAACGACCGCCUGGAGCUGCUCCUGCAGAAACGCAAGGAGCUCCAAGAGAAUCAGGAUGAAAUUGAGCACAUGAUGAACGCCAUUUUUAAAGGAGUGUUUAUACACAGAUACCGAGACGCCAUCUCAGAGAUCCGAGCGAUCUGUGUCGAGGAGAUCGGGAUCUGGAUGAAACUGUACAGCGAUGCUUUUCUCAACGACAGCUACCUGAAGUACGUGGGCUGGACCAUGCAUGACAAGCAAGGUGAGGUGAGACUGAAGUGUCUCACAGCUCUGCAGGGUCUCUACCACAACCGGGAGCUCAACACCAAACUGGAGCUCUUCACCAGUCGCUUCAAGGACCGUAUCGUUUCCAUGACGCUGGAUAAGGAGUACGAUGUCGCUGUGCAGGCAAUCAAGCUGCUGACGCUUGUGCUGCAUAGCAGUGAUGAAGUGCUGACGGCGGAGGACUGUGAGAGCGUUUAUCACCUGGUUUACUCCGCCCACCGACCCGUCGCCAUCGCCGCCGGAGAGUUCCUGUAUAAAAAACUCUUCAGUCAUCAGAACCUGGAGGACGACGGCACGCCGAGGAGACGCGGGAGGCAGAGCCUGAACGCCAACCUGAUGAAGACCACCGUGUUCUUCUUCCUGGAGAGCGAGCUGCACGAACACGCGGCGUACCUGGUGGACAGCCUGUGGGACUGCGCGUCCGAGCUGCUGAAGGACUGGGAGAGCAUGGUCAGCCUCCUGCUGGACGAGCCGCUGGCCGGAGAGGAAGCCCUGACAGACAGGCAGGAGACGGCGCUGAUCGAGAUCAUGCUCUGUACCAUUCGCCAGGCGGCCGAGUGCCACCCUCCUGUGGGCAGAGGCACCGGCAAGAGGGUGUUGACGGCGAAGGAGAAGAAGACGCAGCUGGAUGACCGGACGCGCCUGACGGAACUGUUCACCGUGGCUCUGCCAGCGUUACUAACAAAGUACUCCGUGGACGCAGAGAAGCUGACCAACCUGCUUCAGCUGCCGCAGCACUUUGAUCUGGAGAUCUACACCACAGGCCGGCUGGAGAAGCACCUGGAGGCGCUGCUGAGGCAGAUCAGGGAGAUCGUACUGAAGCACACGGACGCCGACGUGCUGGAGGUCUGCUCCAGGACCUGCCACGCCCUCAGCAACGACGAGUUCACCAUCUACAACAGGGUGGACGUGGCCCGCAGCCAGCUCAUGGACGAACUGGUGGACAAGUUCAACCGGCUGCUGGAGGACUUCCUACAGGAGGGUGAGGACCUGGAUGAAGACGACGCUUAUCAGGUUCUGUCCACAUUAAAGAGGAUCACCGCCUUCCACAACGCUCACGACCUGUCGAAGUGGGAUCUGUUCACCAGUCUGUACCGCUUACUGAACACCGGGGUGGAGAACGGGGACACGCCCGAGCAGAUCGUGGUCCAGGCGCUGCAGUGUACGCACUACGUCCUGCUCUGGCAUCUAGCCAAGGUGUCUGAGGGGGGCGGCAGGAAGGAGGACGUGGUGAUGUUGAGGAAGCAGAUGCGAGCAUUCUGCCUCAUGUGCCAGCGUUAUUUAUCCAGUAUCAACACGCCAGUGAAGGAGCAGGCCUUCACCAUCCUGUGUGACCUGCUACUGAUCUUCAGUCAUCAGAUGGUCUCUGGUGGUCGGGAGCUUCUGGAGCCGCUGAUCUUCUCACCGGAUGCGUCGCUGCAGUCAGACCUGCUCAGCUUCAUCCUGGACCACGUCUUCAUCGAGCAGGACGAGGACAGCGCCGCAGACGAUCCUCAGGAGGACGAAGCCAAUAAAAUCGAAGCUCUACACCGGAGGCGUAACCUCCUCGCCGCCUACUGCAAACUCAUCAUCUACAACGUGGUGGACAUGAGGACGGGCGCCGAUAUCUUUAAGCAGUACAUGAGGUAUUAUAACGAUUACGGCGACAUCAUCAAGGAAACCAUGAGCAAGACACGUCAGAUCGACAAGAUCCAGUGUGCAAAGACGCUCGUCCUGAGCCUGCAGCAGCUGUUUAUGGAGAUGCUGUCGGAGCUGGGUCCCGGGUUCGACCGCUCCUCGUCGCUCUUCUGUGGGAUUAAAGAACUCGCCCGUCGCUUCUCGCUGACCUUCGGCCUGGAUCAGAUCAAGACCAGGGAGGCCAUCGCCAUGCUGCACAAGGACGGGAUCGAGUUCGCCUUCAAAGAGCCGAGCCCUCAGGGAGAGGCGUAUCCUCCUGUCAACCUGGCCUUCCUGGACAUCCUGAGCGAGUUCUCCUCCAAGCUCAUGAGACAGGACAAGCGCACAGUGCACAUGUACCUGGAGCGCUUCAUGAGCUUUCAGAUGGCCCUGCAGAGGGACGACUGCUGGCUGCCGCUCAUCACCUACAGGAACUCGCUGCAGACGGGCGCAGACGACGACGCCAUGUCCGUGGUGAGCGGCGUCAGCAGUCGCGGCUCCGCCCGCAGCAGGAAACCCAAACCCGCCACGCCCAAGAGGAAACUUCCCGAAGCGGAGGAGAGCAUCGGCGGCGGUGGCGGCGGUGCGGAGGCGUGGCUGAACCGCGAGCAGAGCGUACAGACCCCCGUCAUGAUGCCUUCACCGCACCUCACGUCCACCCUGAUGAGGGAGCCCAAGCGGACGCGAGCCGAGGAGGCGUACAUGAGCGUGUACACGCACCCCUCCGAACAGCACCCACAGCACCUCCCACACCCACACACCCCCCAGCCACACCACCAGCACCUCCACCCACAGCACGCCGCGCUGGACUACAACACGCAGGUCACGUGGAUGCUGGCGCAGCGGCAGCAGCAGGAGGAAGCGGCGCGGCAGCAGCAUGAGAGAGCCAUGAACUACGCCAAACUGAGGAGCAACCUGCAGCACGCCAUCCGUCGGGGAUCGGGCCUGAUGGAGGACGACGAGGAGCCCAUCGUAGAGGACGUGAUGAUGUCAUCAGAGGGUCGCAUCGAGGAUCUGAACGAGGGCAUGGACUUUGACACCAUGGAGAUCGACCUGCCAGCAUCGAAGAAUCGGCGAGAGAGGACGGAACUGAAGCCGGACUUUUUCGAUCCCUCCGCCAUCAUGGACGAGUCGGUUAGAUCCACUCACUUCCUGGGUUACGACGCCUUUCAGCGGUAACACGUGAGUGGGCGGAGCAGUGGGCGGAGCAGUGGGCGUGACUCUUACAGGACUGGUUUCCAGUAACCGCGGCGCUCCACGGUUUAUUGUACUGUGGGAGAUGAGCGUCCUGGGCGUGUAAAAUCCUCUGUAACUGAUGCAGCGUUUAUUAUCACGGACGCUCAGAAUGAAAAUAAAUCUUUUAUAUUUCA